UGCAUCCUCAGACAUAAAGUGUUGUUCUUGCAGCCACAUUUGAAGACAGUUCCAACAGUUCCAUGGAUCUGGUGUUACUGCUUGACUCGCCUAAAAAAGUUCGACCUGGCAAUUUUGAUCGUUUAGAGAAAUGUAUCAUCGAAGUCGUAAAUGAUACAAGUUUUGACGACGGAAAGGUCCGGGUUGGAGUGGUCACUUUCUCCAGCUCCUCCAAGGCAACAUUUGAAGACAGUUCCAACAGUUCCAUGGAUCUGGUGUUACUGCUUGACUCGCCUAAAAACGUUCGACCUGCCAAUUUUAAUCGUUUAAAGAAAUGUAUUAUCGAAGUCGUGAAUGAUACAAGUUUUGACGACGGAAAGGUCCAGGUUGGAGUGGUCACUUUCUCCAGCUCCUCCAAGGCAACAUUUGAAGACAGUUCCAACAGUUCCAUGGAUCUGGUGUUACUGCUUGACUCGCCUAAAAAAGUUCGACCUGCCAAUUUUAAUCAUUUAAAGAAAUGUAUCAUCAAAGUCGUAAAUGAUACAAGUUUUGACGACGGAAAGGUCCGGGUUGGAGUGGUCACUUUCUCCAGCUCCUCCAAGGCAACAUUUGAAGACAGUUCCAACAGUUCCAUGGAUCUGGUGUUACUGCUUGACUUGCCUAAAAAAGUUCGACCUGGCAAAUUUGAUCGUUUAAUGAAAUGUAUCAUCGAAGUUGUUAAUGAUACAAGUUUUGACGACGGAAAGGUCCAGGUUGGAGUGGUCACUUUCUCCAGCUCCUCCAAGGACAUAAAGUGUUGUUCUUGCAGCAACAUUUGA